AUGUCUUGGAGCUCUGAGAUUGAGAGUGGUCAGAUGGUAGAGCACAUCGUCCUUUUCAAGAUGAAGGACGACGCUGACUCCGACAAGAUCGACUCCAUCUUCAAAGGGCUCAACGGUCUUGUCAGACUCGACCAGGUGCUUCAGCUCUCCGCCGGUCCCGUCCACCAGCUCCGAUCCGCCUCAGCCUUCACUCACGUUCUUCAUAGCCGGUACGGAUCCAAAGAAGAUCUCGGCGCUUACGCUGUACAUCCUGAUCACGUUAGCCUUGUCCAGGAUUCGGCACCGAUUUUGGAAGAUAUCAUGGCCGUUGAUUGGAUCGCCGAUCGAACCAUAGCACCGCCUCCCGGUUCGGUUGCUAAAAUCACGUUACUGAAGCUGAAACAGAAUGUCUCCGUGGAGGCGAAGAUGGAGAUUAUGGAAGUGAUUAAGGGGAUUAACGCGAAAGUUUCAGGAAUUGAUCAGUUCACUGUGGGGGAGAACUCUCCGGGUAGAGCAAAGGGUUUCUCGAUUGCAUCGAUUGCGUAUUUUAGGGAUGUGGGAGAAAUGGAUGCGCACGAGGAGUUGGUGAACUUGCAAAAGGACAAAAAGGUUGGCGAUUAUAUCGAUGAUACCAUUGUUGUUGACUUCGUGGUACCGUCUUCGUCACAGCCUUGUAGCCUCUGA